AUGAACACUCGGCUAAUUCGUGCUGUAUUGAUAAAAUCGGCGAAGAUUAUUACAAACUUAAAUUUAUUCCAAUCUAUUCCACCAUCAGUCAAUGAGCAUCAUCUUAAAAAUGAACGAAUUUCAACAAGAUUAUUUAUCCUUCUACUAGCUCUAUCGUUAGUAAUUCUUCUCUUAUACAAUUCAUUAAUUACUGUCAUCAAAACAGAUAGCAUUACAAAGCCUACUUUCGAGGAAUAUGAACAAUUAUAUGAAACACACCCUAUAACACUUACAUGUCCAUGUGAUACUAUCCUAAUUAGUUAUGAAACAAUUCUUAAUAUUAACUAUACAUUACAUCAAGUAUGCACUAGUUUUUUGACAAGUGAACAAUGGUUUAUGUACCUAUACAAUACGUCCAAUAAUAUAAGCAAUGGCUCUAUCAGUGAUUCUCGACAAUCAGUUCCAUUUCUAUUUCAAGCAUUAAGUGUCUUCUGUCAGUUAGCCAAUCGAACAAUCUCUGAUGGCUUGUUUCAGUUCCGAUUGAAUCAAUAUAUCAGUACAACCGUUACACCUGAGAACUUAUUUCAAUCACAAAUUCAAACAUUUAUUCGCCAAUUCAAUUCAUCAAUAACAAAGAAUUUUAUUCGUUCGCUUGAUCUAGUACAAAGUAUAACCCACACUAAUGUUUUAUAUUCCGCACGACAAACAAAUUAUAGAUUGUCUCUAUUAGAUAAUGCAACGCACGUUGGUUCAGUUCCUGUAAUGUACUCUGAAUGUGAUUGUUAUUCUUCAGCAAAAUGUACCGAACAGGUUUCAGUUUCUACUCCAGAUGCACAUGUUCUGUCCAACGUAUCCGGAUUAUAUCGUGGAUGCUAUACUAUUGAAGCACUUCUUCAAUCGACUCUUGAAUGUUUUUAUGAUCAAAUAUGUAUAAAUAAUCUUCGAUCAUAUUUAAAUAUUUCUUCAACAGUGAACAUGACAGCUCUUGAUUCAUCAUCAAAAACUAGAUACUCUGUCAAAUCAACAAUAAAAGAGCUGCUUGAUCAGCUAAUGAUUGAAGAAUGGAACCCGUCAUGGAGUUAUGAAAGCUAUUAUAAUGAAUGUCAACCGAUAGAGUGUACUUAUAUUCAUGAGACAAAGAAUGGUAUAGUUUAUAUUAUUACAGCAUUAUUUGGACUCGUUGGUGGUUUAAUCACUGUUUUGAAAAUUGUGGUGCCAAGACUAGUGAAAUUUAUUAGAUGGAUAAUUCGAAAAUGGAGAAAGAAAAUUACACCGCAGAUGUCGACUGUUGGAACAUGA